AAACCUAACCUCAAACGAAAACGACAAAAAAAUAUCUCUCAUUCAUUCUCUCUCUCUCUCUGGUAAUCGGAGGCCAAAUUUGCGAAAUUGGAAUAGACUCUUGUCGAUGAUAUCGAGGGAUCAUCAUCAUCAUCAUCAUCAUCAUCCGGAUCCUCUGGCUACAGCCAAAUCGUACGACAUGAGAACCUCGGCGGUUGCGCCGUCGUCGGCAUCAAUCCCGUUGACGCAAUCGUCGUCGUGGCUGGAGGUGCGUCUGUUCUACGUCCGCAUCGCCCCCUGCGUCGUGGAGAACGUGCCUGACUUUCUCACCCUCCGUCACCCUCGGCGCGAGACGGGCGCUUCCCUCGAGGUAAACGGCGCUCGAGUUCCCCCCUCGCAGACGGCGUCUCUCAAACUCAGACGCGACAGAGUGGACAGGGAGUCGUCGGAGGUGACAUACGUGAGCACGGAGGCGGUGCGCGUGACGGGAUGCGUGGAGUUGGAGGUUUACGAUAAGGAGGAGAUGGUGCUGUGCGGGAAUCUGGAUAGGAUCGAAGGUGCGUGGAAUAGUAAGACUGGAUGGGGCAUGGAUUGUUACAUGGCUAUGGGAUCUUUUUUCAGGCCGAAGCUAGGCGUUGCGUCUCCCUCCGUUGAGGUUUAUAUUGCUGGUUGCUGUGGUGCUCUUCCCGUCAUCUUGACUAAGACCAUUCAGGCGAGUCCCAGGAGGAAGGUGCCCAGGCACGUCACACUCCACGCUAUCCCUGAGGAGGAGCAAGACAUUGUUACCACUGCUGAUCAAUUCGCCAGCCAACACAAACUACCACAGAACAUGGAGUCAGAAGUUGAUGAGUACGAGGAUGAGUCUGAAAUGAAAAUGGGACACAUGUACUACCCUCAAGGGAUGUACGUGGAUGAGGAUGGUCAACUCUCAUGGUUCAAUGCUGGUGUCAGAGUUGGAGUUGGGAUAGGUCUUGGGAUGUGCCUCGGCGUAGGCAUUGGAGUUGGAUUGCUCAUGCGUUCAUAUCAAGCUACUACUAGUAACCUUCGUAGGAGGUUCUUCUGAUCCAUCUUGACAUGUAUGAAUGAAUGAACGGUGGGAACUAUGAAUGAUUUGAUUUCCGCAGUGGAGUGGAGUGGAGGGAGCAAGCAAGAAGAAAAAAAACUGGAGAUAGAAUUUUGGUAGAUAGAGCUGUAUAGAGAGACUUGUUUUCGUUUUUCAUCGCUUAUACGGCUUUGUUCAUAUAACAUACAAGUGAGUGUUCCCGUCUUUGUCUUGAGUCAACAAAAGUGCUUUUGUUUUUGUUCAAGUA